AUGGCUCAACGUGUUACUUACAGAAGAAGAAAUCCAUACAACACUAAAUCCAACCAGAUCAAGGUUGUUAAGACCCCAGGUGGUAACUUGCGUGCUCAACACGUUAAGAAGUUAGCUACUAGACCAAAGUGUGGUGAUUGUGGUAUUGCUUUACCAGGUGUUGUUGCUUUGAGACCAAGACAAUACGCCAAUGUUUCUAAGACUAAAAAAACUGUUUCUAGAGCUUACGGUGGUUCCAGAUGUGCCAACUGUGUCAAAGAAAGAAUUGUCAGAGCUUUCUUAAUUGAAGAACAAAAGAUUGUUAAGAAGGUUGUUAAGGAACAAGCCGAAGCUGCCAAGAAGGCUGAAAAGACCAAGGGUAAGAACAAGAAAUAA